AUAACCGUCGCGCCUAAAAAACGCACGCGGGUGUUUUAGCGCGUUAUUUUUGUCGAGGUGGGAGAUUCACUCACUUUUUUCUCUCUUUCUCUGCUACGGUUUUUGGGGUCAGAGACAUGAGUUACAGGCGAAAGAGUCGAAGCAGGAGUCGGGAAAGGAACCGCGGUGGCAGCCGGAGUCGAAGUCGAGAGCACUACCGCAGCCGAAGCCGUGACCGUGACCGUGACGCCGGGGGCCGGAGCCGCUUUAGAAACGGCCGUCCGCCAAACAUCGAGGGUAUGGUGAGCCUCAAGGUGGACAACCUCUCCUACCGCAUCACGCCAGAGGAGCUACAACCCAUGUUCGAGCGCUACGGAGACGUUGGCGACAUCUACAUCCCGCGGGAUCGAUUCACAAAGGAGUCUCGCGGGGUUUGCUUUCGUGAGGUACUACGACAAGAGGGACGCGGAGGACGCCAUGGACAAGAUGGACGGCUACGUCAUGGACGGGAGGGAGAUGCGGGUCCAGAUGGCGCGGUACGGAAGGCCCGCGGAGCCGCCCCAAGUCAGAUACGGCAGAGCGCCUGGUGGUCGCUACGGGAGACGAAGCCGGUCUCGUAGCCACUCCCCUCGACGCAGGCGACGCUCAUAUUCCCGCUCUUCCUCCCGUUCCCGCUCUCGUUCGCAAUCGGGCGACCGCAAACGGAAACGCAAGUCCUACUCCAAAUCUCGCUCUGCGUCUCCGUCCGGGGAAAAGGACGAUGAGAAGGCCCGCUCCAGAUCCAGCUCGCCAGAGGGAGAACGAGAGAAGGGGUCGCGGUCUCACUCACGUUCAAAGUCUCCCGCACAAGAAGACGACCAAGAAAAGGGCGAGGAGGGUUCCCCACCCCCUCCGACCCGAGAGCAGAACGCAGAGGAUGUUGAGGCAAAGGGGGCUGAGGAGAACGGUAGCCCACCUAGGCAGUCUCGUUCCAGGUCUCCUUCUCCAUGAGCUAACGAGGGGAGCCCCUGUCUUGAUUGAAGAGCAGAUAAACUGCAUUUUGCUGUGAGUGCAGUUGAGUGUGGGGGCUGUGCAGUCAGUGCAGCAGGCAUGCAGUUCAGGCAGAGGUCGAGCAGGCGUGUAUGCAGAUAUGUAGGCGUGUGUAUGCAGUCCAGUCCAGCGUUACAAAGUGUAGCUGAUGGCGGUCCAGUGCUUGUGUACCUACCCAGACGGCAGUGUGUGCAAAGCAGUUGCAGUGUGUCCUGUGCUCUUCCCUGAAGAGGAUUAGGAUUUUCUCUCUUUCUCUCUGUCUCCCCCUCUGUUUCCCUCACCUUUCCAUUCCACCACCUCUUCCCCCCUCUCCGCUUUCUCUCCUCUGCUUCUACAAGGAGCCUAUAGCACGUUAUGUAUGGGCAUACGCCGAGAUAGUAUAUUUGGCCGCAUGUGCUAGAACCAAAAAUCAACGUCAUGUGCAUAUCAGUCUGACAAAGUUGAUCAUCUCAAUAUCUGAGCAUAGUCUGUGCUUGUAAAGGGCAGGAGAGUGGCGGGGUGUUCGUGUUUGUCGGGUGAUCUGCGACAAAGAGGGGAGAGGGAGAAGAAACAGAUAGUGUCACGAUUGAUGGACAAAGUGCUCACUUGGGCUCAAACACCUUGACCUGACGGAUGUGGGCAUCUCUCCCAUUUUGGUGAUUCGUAAGAAUCACCACCUGAAAAUGAAAUGCCUUGACUGGUCUAAAGGAUGUGUCAAUAACAACACUAUUUUGCAUACUUCAUUUCUGACCUUUCGUGUUUGUCCAAAACAUUUAUGUCAAUCCAGCC